GCUGAAAGAUCCAAAUUAGAAGCUAGUUUUCUAAAGUUUCAACACUAACUCAACCACAGUACUAUUGCUGUGACUAUUGUCAUUGUCAAAUAUUAAUCAAGAACAUUGAUUUAGUGAUGGAGGUUGGAAAGAAGAAGAUGCUCCUCAAGUCUUUGAUCACAAAGGUGAUAAAGGGUCUUCCAUUAUUCUUGGCACCAAAUGGAGGAGCACGUGGUACGAGAAGGGUUAGUUAUUUGAGUGACAUUGUUGAAGAGGAGAAUGAGAGGACAACAAAGGUGCCAGAAGAUGUUAAAGAAGGACACUUUGCGGUUGUAGCAAUGCAUGGUGAAGAAACCAAAAGGUUCGUUGUUGAGUUGGAUUAUUUAACUGAUCAUGCUUUCUUGAAGCUGUUGGAGCAAGCAAGGGAAGAGUAUGGCUUUCAACAGAAGGGUGCACUUGCAGUUCCCUGCACUCCUGAAGAACUUCAGAAGAUUAUAGAGAAUCGAAGAGUGGACAUGCCACUACUUAAUUAACACACGCUUCUUCUGUUUAUGCAUGUUAAGCUAUUAUACAGAUCAAUUGAUACUUUUUUUCUUUUUCUUUUCACUUUUUUUGGAAAAACAUUUUACAGUUUUUACAAAGGUACGUAAGGCAUCUAAUUAAUAGGGAUGGCUCUACCUAUUGUCAAUACUUUUUUUUUUAUCUAGCUUGAACAUAUGACAUUGUUUGUGUGACGUCGACGACUAUAUUCCAGAAAUAUUACAGAAAGGAAUACAAUUGGUCUUGUGA